UAGCAGCACAAUGCUUUACACCAUAUAAUAUUAAAAACCUCAUAAAUUUGACCAAGCAAUGAGGAGGCAAUAAUAUUAAAAUCUCAAGUUCACCAUCCACAAUACCUGGAUUUUGAUACACCAGUGGUAUAAAUAAUAUGAGCCACUUUCAAACUUGAAUCACUUUGCCUUUUAUUAUAUGAGAAAGAUAAAAGAAACAUCACCAGAAGUUGAGAUUUUGAUCUUUUCUUAGGUGAAAACCAGGAUGCCGAAACAGAGUUUCAAAGUGUGCUUGUGUUGGAGGAGAGUGUUCAAGACAAGGGUGGUUGAACCACCUCUUGAUAUCAAGAAUGCCUUUUACAGUUUCUCGCCAAGCGGAAUGAUGACUGUGGAUGACCUGCUGAGGUUUCUGAUUGAUCAUCAAGGUCAAAAGAAUGCAACAAAGGAGGAUGCUCAAGCCAUUUUUGAUAGUCUCAAGCAUCUCAAUAUCUUCCAGAGGAGGGGGCUACACUUAGAAGCCUUCUUUAGAUAUCUCCUUGGUGACCUUAACCUUGCUCACCCUCCUUCAAAGGUGCACCAUGACAUGAAUGCUCCACUGUCACAUUAUUUCUUAUUCACGGGCCAUAACUCAUACUUGACUGGGAAUCAAUUCAGCAGUGCCAGCAGUGUUGAACCGAUUAAAGAUGCUCUGCUUAGAGGUGUUAGAGUAAUUGAACUGGAUCUAUGGCCAAAUUCCAGUGGGAAUGAUGUCAAUGUUUGUCAUGGAAGGACUCUGACUUCUUCUGUAGGCCUUCAAAAAUGUUUGGAAGCAAUUAAGGAGAAUGCAUUUAAAGCUUCAGAAUAUCCUGUUAUAAUCACUUUUGAAGACCACUUGAAUCCCAAUCUUCAGGAAAAAGUGGCUAAGAUGGUUACAGAAACUUUUGGGGACAUGCUUUACACUAGCGAAACAGAAAAUUUAGAGCAAUUUCUUUCACCAGAAUCAUUGAAGAAAAGGGUUUUGAUUUCAACGAAACCUCCAAAAGAGUACCUCGAAGGAAACACCCAAGGGGAAGAAAUUUCAGAAAAUGAAGGUGGAACGGUGGCAAAUGAAUGUCAAAGCAGUAGCCAGUGGAAUCCACCAGAAGAAGGAGAACAUGUUCCGGAAGAAGACGAGGGGAAAGUUGUGCCUGAAUACAGGCAACUAAUUGCUAUAAAUGCAAGGAAGCUGAAAGGUGGAUUAGAGAAUUGGCUGAGUGAUGAUCCUAAGAAAGUCAGUCGGAUUAGCUUGAGCGAGCAAAAACUUGAAAGCGUUGCUAAAACAUAUGGAACAAAAACUGUCAUGUUUACUCAACGAAAUUUGCUGAGGGUGUAUCCUAAGCGCACACGCCUUGACUCUUCUAAUUACAAUCCUUUUGUUGGAUGGAUGCAUGGAGCUCAAAUGGUUGCAUUUAAUAUGCAGGGACAUGGAAAGCGUCUAUGGAUAAUGCAAGGAAUGUUUAGAGCCAAUGGUGGAUGCGGCUACGUGAAAAAACCUGACUUUUUAUUGCACAGGGGACCGAAUGAUGAGGUUUUUGACCCUAAUUUACCGUGGGAUGUCAAGACCAUUAUGACGGUAAAAGUAUACCUGGGGGAAGGUUGGCAUCAGGAUUUCCACCACACAGCAUUCGAUCGCUAUUCCCCGCCAGACUUCUAUACGAGAAUUGGAGUUGCUGGUGUUCCAGCAGAUAAGGAUGUAAAGCAAACAGCAACCGUAGAAGAUGAAUGGUUACCUGUAUGGGAUGAGGAGUUCAAAAUCCAAUUAAGAGCUCCUGAAUUAGCUGUGCUUCGGAUUAAAAUCCUGGACUAUAACACUACAGGGAGGCAUUAUUUCGGAGGCCAAGUAUGCUUGCCGGUAUCAGAGUUGAGAACGGGAAUUAGGGCAGUUCCAUUACAUGACAAAAAAGGAAAUAAGUACAAGCAUGCAAGGCUUCUAUUGAGCGUCAAAUUUGAGGCUCCGUAAUGAUAGCUGACAACUGCGAUUUGUUUAAUGUUGUAUUGAAAAUACCAACACCGUAUGCAUAAUGAACAGUGUUGAUGGACAUUUCACAGUUUAUAUUAUAUUCUUGAUACAAAUUGGUAAAGAAAUCUUACAAGGUCUCUGCAUUAUAAAAA